AAAGUGCUGAAGCAGAGCAUGCUUAUCAGAAAUCAAUAAUUGAAAUGUUGUUGGUUCAUUUGUUGAGAGAAGAUAUGCAUGAUUCCAAAGCACUUUUUUGUGCCUUGAAAGAGAUAUUAACUUGCAAUGUGCUUCAAAAGGUGAUGGAUCUUUUAAGUGAUACAACAUUCCUUCAUGAAAGAAUAAUAAAAAUUACUUCAGACGAGGAGAUUUGUGCAAGCAUAGAAAGUAUUCCUUUAAUUACUGUUUCAGAAAGUGAAACCAAGAAAGUGCAAUCAAUUUUAAGUCAAAGAAUAGUCUCAAAUUCUAUUGCUGAGUCUGAACACAUCCCUGAUGUUAUAUCAGAUAAGCAAGACGAUGGAACAAGUGAUAAAGUUAAAGAUGAUUCUUUUAGUGUAAAAUGGAAGGAGGACAUUGAGCUUCAUUCGGUUUCAGAGGGAUUGUGCAAUGAAUGUAACAGACUUUGUUCAGCUGACAAAGACCGUAUCCCACCAAGACCACAUUCAUGCUCUCUUGGUAGAACUCCAGUUUUCUUUGACAUUAGUGAGGACCCAGAACGUCUUUCCUUACAGUCUUUCAAUUCUGUAUCCAGUACUUCAUCAAAGGAUAGUGCUACUUUUGCCUCCAGUGAAAAACAUGAAAGUGAUGUGGACAUGCAACAGUCUAUCCCUAAUGAAUUGCAUGAACCAUCUUUGAUUCAGAAAGAUGAAAAUUCUGCUUUGAAACCAGAAAAUUCUAGUUCUCUCAAAGGUUCUAACCUUAGCAAAAAAGACAGUACAUCAUCUUCAGAACUACCUGUUAAUGACAAUGUCCUAGAAUCUCCCAGUGGCUUAGACAAUAAAUCAUCAUCUAACAUAUUCCCAUCAUUAAAAAUUCCCCUUUUUCCAUCUUUCCCGUUUAAGAGGCCAAGUUUUAAAAGUUUGUCUCCUACUCUAGAAUCAGCAGUAUCAUCAGAUAUGAAAAAUAAGAGUAAAAAUGACAUUAAAAGAUCUCAUUCACAAGGUGAUUUAACCCCAGUGUCAGAUGACAUGCAAUGGCCAGUACAAAGGCCAUCUGUAUUUCAGGACGUCAGAAUAACAUCUACAGAAAAGGCGAAGGAGGUUGGCAGCUUUGGUGAAUACACAUUGUACAAUGUUGAGUAUGAGGCCCUGUACCAGUCUGAUGUUGGAGAAUUGGUAUAUAAGUCUGGUACUGUAAAGAGAAGAUUCAAAGAGUUUAUAAAUCUACAGUCAAGGCUUGAAGAUAAUCCAGUCUAUAAGAAAAGCAUGAAAGAUGUGAAGGGACCGAAGAAAAUUCUCCCGUCUUUGCCAUUUGGAAACAUGGGGAAGGAUACUGUAGAUAGCCGCAAAGAAUUGUUAGAAACUUUCUUGACUUCACUGGUUGGAAAAGAAGAUAUAUGUAAUGGAGAGGAAUUAAAACAGUUUCUUGGCUACUGCGGGGAUGGCCAUAUAGCAUUUGUUAGAAAAGUUCCUGAGAAUACCGGACCUAGAAUAGAUCAGCGUUUAGUGAAGACAAUGUCUGGAGUGUUUGACAAGAUAGUCGAAGGCCUGCCAAGUCUACCUCAACAGUUACCAAGGAUUAUCCCCCCUAUAAAUCAGCGUGAUGAGAAGGAUGAUACCCCAGGUGACAAGCCUACAGAGGACACUGAUGAUAUAGAUCUGGAUUAUGAAGAAGAUAUUAACAAGAUGUCCACACAUAAGGUUGAAAAUGUGUUUGAGAAAUUUAUUGAACAAGAAUCAAAUACUCUACAAGAUGAAACAGGUGGCUUGGAUACAACCCUAGGAACCAGUGUGAUUACAUGGCAAGAUGAGCAGGGAAACAACUCGAGUCACAUGACCCACUCUCCACAUAAAAUAGAUGCUACUAGUCAUGUUGCACAUUCAGCUAAAAAUACCCCUCACUCUAGUGCUUUAAGUCACUUGAAUGAGUUAGAGACACCCCUCAGUGAUGCAGUAUUAGGUAUUCUCACAGAAGUUCUACAGCGACAAGACCACUGGAUGUGUAGAGAAAAUGUGAAACAGGCAGCUAGUGUUCUUAUAGGGAAAGGUUUAAACAGGUUUUUGGAAGAAAAAGUAGAUUUUUUAACUUCUACGGAGAUGAACAUUUUCUACCUCAAGACACUUAGUGAGACUAUUUGGCCAAAUGGAAAACUGUCUACAGAGGAAAGUAGACAUUAUACAGAUCUACAGAAAGAACAGCUUAAACAACAAGCCACCAGGUGUCUGGCUGAAUUUUUACCAGGUAUACUUCAAAUAUUUGUUGGACAUGAAGAAUUUGACGAGGCUUUGAAAGAUGUCAUAGAGUCAUUAAAGUAUGAGAAACUUAACAGGCAUUUUUGGUACACAGUAUUUGAUGUGAUUUUAGAAGAACUAUUUCCGGAGGUGAAUACACAAGGGUUUCAGAGGAAAUUGAGUGCAGCUGUUCAGUUCCAAUAGGAUUUGCAUCUUGUAUGCAGGGCAUGAAAUGUUCAGUGCAGUUUCUGUAGGAUCUACAUAUGGUAUGCAGGGCAUGACAUUUUCAUUACAGUUCCAGUAGGAUUUUGUAUGCAGGGCACGAAAUGUUCAGUGCAGUUUGUGUAGAAUCUACAUGUACAUCUUGUAUACAAGGCUUCAACUGUUCAGUUUUAAAAAUAAUUGAUAAUAAUUAUGUCUUUGUGUUAAAAGUUUUAGAGAGAUUUUUAUUUUAAAACUUGUUUAUUAUCCUCAAAUUUGAUAUUUGAAAGUAUUGUUAAUUGCUUUACAAACUCUUUUAAAUGUAAAAUAAAUAUCUUUUGAGUACACACAUAGAUGAUAUGUUACAUUUUAAACCCUACACACUUUAGGUAAAAGCAGUAUGAAUGCAAAGUGUUAUUUCAAAACUGGUAGUUCUUUUGGAAGAAGAGCAGGAAUUAACCACUAUUAGAGACACAUAAUAAUUUAAAAUUAUCAUAAUUUACAUAAAUGGACAUUCUUAAAAAAUUUGAUUCUU